GUGCACGAUCCUGGAGCGGAGGCUGUAAAGCAGAAGUAUCUGAUCUAUUCUUGAGAUUGCUAAUAAAAAUGCUUAUCCUUUAAAGACAUUUCCAAAUAAGACGCACGAGGAGAAGACCUUACCCCCAACAAAUACUUGAAGAAGGUGGAUCCUGUUCGUGAUCGUCUGGUGUCCGUCCGUUCUUGUGGUCGUGCCUUUACAUCUGUAGCCCAGUGCCGUGGUGUCCAUUUUCUCACUUUCCAGACUACGUGUUUGUAGAGGCAGACGAAGGCUACCUCCUGAACGAAGCUCGAUCGGCGGCUCUCGAUUUCCAGCUUCCGUCGCUACAGCUGGUACCGCCCUCUCGUCAUUGUGCACAUGUGUUAUUCAUGAAUACCGAACAACAACCGCGGCAAAGAACAACUACACACGCAGCGCGCUUGCCGUGGUCUCGGGAUAGCGAUAGACGUUUUGGUCUCGGCGUUUUUGUGUCUUGAGGUUGAGAGAAACCAAGCUGCCUGCUUUUCCCAUCCUCGUUUCUACUUGACGUUGACGAGAAGGCUUUAUUGUUCUCUCCAGGAGUGGUGAUUUUGGCGCAUCUUCAGACGUGCUGCUCGCAUCUUGCUGCGUCGUUCUCGACGCGUACAACGUGCCUGCUCAAUUACUUGAGUACGCAACUUCUGGCUCUGGGUUGUAAAGUGCGUUCCUGCUGCUCUUUCCGAGGGUGAAGAUCGAUAACGAGAUUUCAUUUUGCCUCGGCCACUACUAUGUCGUCACGAAUGGGACGAAGUUCUACUGGAUGUGGAUGCAGAGCCACUGCUUUCUUUGUGCUUCUGCUUACUAGGUUCUUUUCUUCCGUUUCGGUUACUUACGCCAAUGGUGAGGCGGCGGAAGGGUAUCGCUGCUCUCGCUUCCAGGUCACCGCCGGCUGCACUCCGGACGGCAAGGAGGAGGACACAAAGAAGUGCGAUGAGGAAAUAACAUCCGGCAUGUCAUUAUGUACCUGGAUCCACGGGAAUACUAAGAAGGGAGAAACUUCCCGGAAUCUUCCCGGAAUCUUUCCCAUCUUCUCGCAAGCAAUGGCCUCAGAAUCUUUCCAGAAAAUUACCCCAGUCACGACGGGGAAACUUUCCGGAAACUUCCCAGAACCUUCUCAGAAUCUUCCCAGAAACUUCCGAAAAGUCACAAAUGUGGCGAAGUUUCUGGAAAGUUUCCGCGAAGUUGCUGCCUUCGGGAUUCACGUGGCUGCAUGUUUCUAAUGUCAGGCUUCUGCGUCUGCAAGACUAGAAGAGGCGUUUUCCGCCGCCUCCGUCGUGUAACGUGUGACCAUGGACCCUUUACCUGCGAGCACGCCUGUUCGCGGUACUCUACAGAAAUCCUUCUACUCCUUGCUUACUGUUUUAGCUGUCGUUGUUUGCGCAAUUGACGACCACCUUGUUGAUGAACGAGGCGACAGAUUGCAGAUAGAUGCACAUUUAUUCUCAUGUGCGAAUUUCAACUUGGUGAUGACUCAGACAAAAUAUUUUGGACAAAAUUGAAUUUCAUUCACCGAAACAGGCAUACGGAGCUCAUGUGUGAAGGUUUCCGUCCAAUAGAUUCGUGCGUGCACGAUAUCACAGCGGCGAAGCCAAAAGGAGGUACAUCAUCAUCAUCAUCAUCUACUUCGACGUCUUCUACGCAGGGUUUUUUAUUGAAAAUGACAAGAAGAAGAAACUCAUGUAAUAACCGCUUUCGCACCACGGAUCAAGCACGUCAACGUCUUCGGUAAAGCUAAUCGAUAUUUGCCAGGAAAAGACUUACGAAGGUCUUUUGAUGAAUUACUUUGGAGUAAAUGUAAAAAGGAUCUCGAUUUAGAAAGUGAAGUCGUGUGUGUUCAUACAACUACCAUAGAUUUACGACCUUGUGGCUUCACACCGAAAAACGAGCCUGGAAUAUGCGAGUGCGGCGCAGGACGCCAAAUUUUACACCCCGUUUGCCAUAAUCCAGCGCUAACGGAUUCCCAAUCGUGCGAGCAAAUGUGUGCGGACGGACCAUCUGCCUACGAGACCUUAGGCACGCACCUUCACGCUCCAGAAAGCGUUUUCAAGCAAACAUUUCGCAAGAUGUCACUGAAACACCACCCAGACAAAGGUGGAGAUCAGGUGAGUUAAGAGUCUGCUACUUAGCACGUGAACUUGAACUUGCACUGGAUGGCCUAUAUAAGCAUCAGAAUGUAUUUGUAAUCAGUUGAGAAAGAGUUCUUGUCAAAAUUGUCGUUUCGAUUUUUACUAGGUUAAGUUCAACGCGAUUCGUGAGGCGAUGGACAUAGUGUCGGAUCGCAAGUGGCGCAAUGUGUACGACAUGGGCGGCUGGAAGAUGUUAGAUGAAGCACGGAAAGAGAAGAUGGAAAAGUUACGGACUACAGUUCGUCACUAUCACUACGUCGUUUAGAAGCAGAUACUAAUGAUCUAAAGAUAGAACAAACUGUUCGAUUUCUACUUCAAGGAGAUAGAGGUAGCAGUUCAAGCACGUUGAAAGGGAAUCGCUUAUGUAGUACUCAAGUACGGCUAUUUGUGGUGAAAAACUGCCUCCAUCUCUAAAGAGAGGAAAUAAGAAAGAGACCACAAUCUCGCUCAGCCUCGCAGAAAUGUACAUGGGUGUGACGAAAAAGGUUAGAGUCGGGAGACGUUUGCGCCUUUGUCGCGGAUGCGAUGUCUCCAAGUCACCAUUUUGCACGCAGACGUGCAAAAAGAUAUGCCCGAAGCGAAUCGAAUACAAGUACGCUAUCUAAUAGUACUUGAUUAUGUAUUUGUUCUGUAGCGGUAAGUGCAUCUUCUGUACUAAGUCUAAGAUGUACAGACUCACUCGCCCACGCGUCUGGCCAAAUAGUAAAUUUUUAGGUUUAUGAUUCGCAACGGUAUGCGAUUUCAAGUGCAGCAGGAGGUCGAGUCUUCGCAACGCUGCCGAUCAGAGAAGGGUGACGUCGAAGUCGAGAUUCCGCCAGGUUCUCGGGAUGGCGAUGAAAUAGUUCAUGCUGGUGAGGCAGAUCAAGAUGAAGGCAAAAUUCCUGGAGACUUAGUCUUCAAAAUUAAGCAGACGCCUGAACCGCAUUGGUCUCGGAAAAACAACCACCUCCACUUGGAUCUCGAUAUCAGUCUCAAGUUAUGAUGUGCUUGAAGUUCUUGAAAUUGAGUAAUUGCCUUGUCGUCAUUCUUCUUUUGAUUUUCCUUGAAGUGAACGAAAAAUCCACCUUUCCAAACAAAUAAUUUAUCAGCAGGCGAAGCCCCCGCGGGCAGCGCGCGCAGUCUUCUUCCUGUUGCAGGGAAGUGCGCUCAUUUAUCAUAGAGAAUCAGUUUCUUGUACUUUGAAGGCCUACAACAUGAUUAUUCGUCAAUCGAAUGUGUGGUCACGUGGAGCCUCCGCAUGUUCAAGAGUAAAGUAGUUUGGCGAUCCAUGAUGUCCAUGCUUGAUUGCCCUCUUUCAUGAUCGCAAUCGCUGCUCGGAUUUAGGAAAACGAUUACGCAUUUGGAUGGACGAAAAAUUACGGUUAGCAAGACGGGACUAACAGAAGCUAACAGCAGGAUCGUCAUGGAUGACGAAGGGAUGCCGGACAAGCGAACCGGCUUACCUGGCAAGCUCGUGAUCACUUGCCGCAUCAAGUACCCGACUGAACCACUAGCAGACCAUGUCGAGGACUUUCUCAACGAAAACUUACCCGGCCCUCGCAGUAUUAUUCUUGCAGAAAAGCGUGGAAAAAAGGCGCCUCCCAAGGCGCCAAGUAAGGAGGAGCUGUAAAUCAUGUUUUCAGACGCGUUUUUAGUUCGUGGAGAAGAAAUCAUACGGUCAUCCUCCAUGUCAUAAUAAUCAAGAGACCUUUCAACUCCAUCGUAUUUGUUACAAUAAAAAUUGUCAUGAAGAUGAAAAUUAAUCAUGAUCAUCCAAGAAUCAAUAAACGACACUGAGUGGCGUAUGCAGUUACCUAGUACAUACAAAAGUAAUUGAUCACGAACUCAGGACCAGCACCAGCACACUUCGUUAUGAGUACGUGUAUCCAGCAAUUAGAUUAAGAAUGUUCUCUCGUCCUUCGUUCUACAGGAGAAAAUUAUACUGAAGAUUGCGAACCAGAGCGGGGCUAGAACAAGACGAUGGAAAAUAGGCACAACCUUGUUCUACAUCAAUUCGCUAGCACGGAUGUACGCCAUCACCCUCGCAAAGAAUAUGUCCAUAAUCAUUCACUUGCUCUACACAAAGAAUCAGCAUCUCACGACAGGCAGCGAGACUGCGUUUGAAGAAUGUCGUGCAAAGACCACUUGUACCCUACAUGCUGCUGAUUUCCCUCCCCCCAUCUCCCCAAGAGCUGCGUCUCAAAAAUUUUUGUACUUUUGUAUCCUUGUUGUCGCAUCCGUCGACCAUAAGGUUCUCCUCUUCAAAAUCCUUCUUUUCCAGCCCUGACAACUCUAUGCUCCCAUCCCCUUGUAGAUAUUGUCUUGCUGUUGCUCCUCUCUCCCUCGUUUCUAAUACACUUUCGCCGUGAUUGAUAUUUGGUGCAGUGCGCCGCCUUCGUGCACGUGUACCCCCGCCCGUCUCGAGUCGAGCACGUGAUAUGGAAUUGUCACAGCAGGCUGUUUGAUGUCCCUUCGGUGG